CGUCACUUCUUGCGUUGCUGCCGCAUCCUAUCUCCAAUCAGCCUGCCACAUCCGCCCAUCCUGCCAUUCGUUUAUCAACCGGCCCCCUGGCCGCCCCAAUGCAAGGCAAUCGAAAAAAAAAAUUCGCCUGCGCUUGGUCGCUCGGUUGCCCAAAGCAGCCCCCCGCGGCCUGACCGUUUGGACAGCUCCAAGCCCUUACACCAAGAGCAAUGGUCUUGUAAUGUCAUGUGCCCCAUCCGAUCAAGGGAGUAGAAUGGUUGCUGCUGUUUUCUGCUUCCCGACUUGCAUGCGCCCGAGUGGUUGGGUCCGGCAGCGGACAGGGCGAUGCAUGGUAGUGCUGCCUUCGCUUACUACUUGUGGUCUCUCGCUAGGCACUUGGCUGCGCCUGAAUGUGAGGUUGCAAUGGUUGACCAUUUGAGAUCCGAAAAGCCUGCGGCUUGUGGCCCUGGACCUAGUCAUCUCGGAGAUCUAGCUGCGCUUCCCACGUUUCGGAGCGUUUGGUUGCUCAGUCUCGUCCCACGAAGCUCUCAGCCCUGGGCGCUCGUAGUCUAGACUGUUGGGCGCUUUGAUGUCACAAGGCGCCUCUUGCUCACUUUGACCGCCCUUUGUUUCGAUCCUAGAUUGGACGCUCUGGUUGUUUCUGCGGCAGCCAGAACAGAGCGGAUCAGGCCGAUCGCGUCCCUAGCGCAAUCCAUCCCCGGCACCAGAUUACGCCUAAGGUGUAAGAAGUAUCGAAGCUUCGCCAAUACCUCUCUGGCAUGCCCGUAAACUAUAGCAAGGAUGGGACAGUUUGAUAAAUUCCUUGCUCUGCACGUUGUUCAUGAGCAGCCCAUUGAAACACUGCAUUUACCGAACUCCCGGGCUUACUCUGGGUGGUUUGGCAUAUUCCGCUUCGGGGACUCAGGUCAUUCAUCCAUUCACUCUGUUCCUGCAUUGCCGCACGAGACAGGAGCAUAGAAUGAUUCUGGAGUGGACCGACAGGGGGCUAGGGUUGUAGGUUUGCUACGAGAAGAGGUAAAUUUUCUGGGUCUGUUGCCAGUUCUCCGUGUCGUCAACACCGUUGAGAAUAGUAAAUAAUUGGCCAUUUUGGGAACGGUCGUUCUGCAGGCUGCCAAUGCUACCGUGCUGUUAGAACGCCGAUUUAGAUCUAAGCCAUCACCUUCGAUGGUUUCUGGGACCUUGAAGCUGAAGCAUAAAAAAUUGGAUCUUGGCUUGACUCGGAAAGGUCGUGGUUCAUGGGACGGGUAGUUGAUCUGGAAGCUAAUCCAAUUGCUUCGACUUGUGAUCACCAGAUAUCUUCUUCAUUCUGGUUCUUGGGGCCUUCACCCCUCCAAUAGACACGAACAUUUUCACCUCACGGUUGAACCCUCUGACACGAGCCAAACUCGAACUCCCUACGCCGAGCACUAGUUCAAUCAUCAUUGCCCAGUUUUGCACCGGCUUAUUAUCUUUGCCAGACUCAAUACGGUUUCCACGUACAAGAACAGCCCUGAAAACCUAUUCGGCUAAGAGGCUGAGGGCUAUCAAUGUGAAAGUCGGUCCAGGACAAACAACAAUUCGCCCCUCAGAUCUAUCAUCAUUCAUCGGGCAACCGCCAGUAGCCGCUACAAACGGCCCAAGAAGCUCUUGUACAAUUGCAAGGCCGCCGAUCAGGCUCCAUCCACGCAGUCAGAUCUACGGAGCAGCAGCCACGAGUGCCGGCUUAAUUCCUUCCUAGCCAGGUCCUUGGAGCAAAGCUUCCGCGCGCUGAAACGUUUUCCACACACCGACUCGAGAGUUGACAAACAAUCCAGACAAGUGACAACGUUUUAAGUCGAGCCGAAAGUCUUUGUUCGACCAGCGACUCCAGAAAACUUGGCCUUCAAGCGGACAUCCGAAACGAGGCCUACCAGCUUCCCACAGGCGUCGCGAACUCCCUCGAAGUCGGCUCUCAGCCGGCCUCAGCAAAACCGAAUCAAACCAGCCCCGCAUGUUUUGAAGCUGAUCAAACGCCUUUCAACAUUCAGCGCAACCGGAGAGCAAGUGCUGCGAUACUGCGUGCUCUGGACGCACCUUUCUCUAGCUACCGUGGGGCGCGAACGACUUUUUGACAGCCAUUAGCGGCCGCUCUUAGCUGUUGAUCAAACUUUCCGAUCUUAGCAGGGUUGUUGACGCAUCCUCUUGCGGGCUGCACCCUCGCCGCACUCACAGAGUCUCCACCUACCGUUUGCAGACAAGCACAACCUCGCCAUCGACGUUGAUUGGGACAGCGAGCGGACGCCCCAAUAAGAGCGCAAGAUUGGGCUCAAGACAUCUCCGGGAAGCAGUGGGAAGAAUCGCAGCGGACCGCACGAGAAAAAUACGAUCAAAAAAGCGCCCGUUGUCGAGAGGCGACUUGAACCCAGGCGGCGCAAGCUUUUUUCUUUUCUCUUGCUGGCGCGGAGAAGGACAUGCACGUCGUGCCUUCAGCGCCAGGAGAAAGAUCCGGGACGCUCUCGACUGUCGAAAGUUUGCCUUCAUCAUCUCCACAGACGCCACUGGACGCGGACAGGCAUUUCGCGCAUGAAGCUAUGAACCAACCAAUCGUCCAGAGCGCACUGUACUCGCAAAAUUAUUCCCUGCCCGCAGACACCGAUUGCAUCGAUCAUUUGAGCCAACAGGCUGGUAUUUCCUACACCAACGGCGGGGUCCCAGAGUCUCCACGCAGGGAUACCGAGCUCCAUCACCAGCCUUCGACCUUGUCUAGACACCUUGGACACCGAUCGACAACCAAUGAUCCUGCGUUCCACCCGCCACCGGAGCAAAGCUCGGGUUCCAUAUCAACCAGUCCUUCAUCGAAUAAUUCUUCAGCUGCCUAUUCAUUCACGGGCAGCCAACGCACCUCUUACAGUUCACCCUUGAGCCUUUCCAAUAUACACAACCCGCUUGUUCACGCCCAGGCUCUGCCGGCGAAUUCUUCUACGACGUUCCAUUUGCCGACCACCUUUGGCGGCAUGCAAACUCGCUCAGCCGAGCACACAUCAAGUUUCUUGCCAUCACAGCGGUCGGGAUUCAGCAGUAGUAAUCCUGUGUCACCGAAUGGUGCAACAAGCGCUCGUGAUCGAUACCAGAACUUAAGCGGUGGUGGAAAGUACUUCCCAGCAGCUACAGCCGGUGCUCAGAACGACUAUCUCGGGAGGUCCUAUUUAUACACAAGCGAGCCCAAUAGAUUACUACCCUCAAGCAAUCUCACCAUGUCUAGUUCAGCCGGCAAUUUCGCGUCGCCAGCGACUCAGGGCCUAGAGACACCGCCGUUCUCGUCUCAAGAGACCUUCUACGAACUCUACAGUGGAGCUUCUCAGAGCGAGGUGGUCAAGCCGCACAUUGAGGCUAAAAUCGAAAAGGGCUUCUUUUUGUCCAGUGACAGCUGUUGGACAUGUUACAGGAGAAAUUACUUUGCAGUUCAAUGCUCCUAUACGCUCACGCCACAUCUCUCGAAUCAGCCUCACGUUCUGAUGUAUAAUGGAGAGCAGAAGCAGGUACAAGCCAUGGCCAUGGCUCUCUCGGCCCGCGUGGAUGGCACAGGGGGAAAGGUCAUCGAGCUCGUCCAGCACACUCCCAAGCGCGACAAGGGGCCUCAGAACUCCAUCAAGAUCACUAAGCUGUGCCCAACCCCGCCUGGUGGAAAGUUGGGCCAUUUGCCACACGCAGACCCGCACCCACACUAUGGCAUGUUUGGCAUAGGUUCGAGUGGCCAUAUACCUGCACCAUAUUUCCCUCUCCAGUCACAACCUGACCCAGACAUGCAACAAUCCGAUCCUUCGAAUCCUCACAGCAAUAUGCCGACCACACCAACAGCUCAUCAGCAUACUUUCGAGAGGAUCCAGUUCAAAUCCGCUACGGCGAAUAAUGGUAAACGACGAGCUCAACAACAAUACUAUCAUCUAAUUGUCGAGUUGUAUGCGGACAUUCGACGCCCGGAUUCACCACAGCCAAAGUGGGUAAAGAUAGCGGAGCGUGCAAGCUCGCAAGUCGUUGUUCGGGGAAGGAGCCCAAGUCAUUACUCAAAUGAAGGACCGAAUUCAGCCUCCAGCCGUGGUGCCGGCGCCGGAACUGGCGGUCCUGGUGGUUACAGUCAUUUAGGCAACAUGGGCUACGGUAUGAACCUAGGAGGAAACCGAUCUUUGGGUGGGGGUUAUCCUAAUAGCCUAAGCGGCUACCGUGGCAAUCAGUACGCUAUGGAGCCAACCCCCAUGCAUAGCCACUCGGUGAGCUCUGCUUCAUCCGUUGUAGGUGGCCCGGUCGACACCUUUGGCAUGGAGAAUCAGAGCUCAUUAAUGCUAUCUUCACAAGCGACAUCAGAUUUCAUGCAAACACCAACAACAGGCCUGAGUGGAUUAGGACUUCCGCCUAUUUACAGCAAUGGCCAUGGAAAGCUCGAAGAAAAAUCCUAUUAUAUUCCUAAUCGUAUUCCACAACUCGAGGUUGGGGCCCACACUACGGUCUAUUAACACAACGGCUUUCGUUCGACCGAUCCUCACGAAUCUAACAAAGCACUACAUUCUCACAUGCGUGCUUUUUAUUCUUCAUCUCACGUCUUUUCAACAUAGCCUACUCGGCAUCGAUACCCCAUUUCCCUUCUGUCGUCGAGCGAGUUUUGACAGUGUAUGCGACUUCUAGAUCUUUCACAUCUAUAAUGCCAGCGAUCGUGGCGUCUAAGGGCCGUGGAUGGUGAACACACACACACACACACACGUCACCCAGAUAUCCGCAUCUCUGCAACGUAUAUGCCCUGAAGCGGUCUUUUGGACGGACGCGAACUUUCGCGGGCACAAUCACAUGGGCAUUUUUGGGCUUAGUUCCCCUUUUUUUUCAUCUUACUCAUGGGCGGCAUUUUCUUGGCGUUCGUGUCGGACGAGGACAAAUUCGGGAAUAUAUCAGAGUUGUGCAAACGAUAAAUGUGGUCUAUGGGCGUUUGAUCUUCCCCUGUACGCAGACGGAUACCAAGAAACAGAUAUCGGUCCAUAUACCUUGGCGAACAAGAGUCCUGGGAAUGCUGAUCUGGUGACUCGAUCAGGGAACAGCUCUUUUGGGGAAAGGAUGGGAAAAAUGAUGGUCUCAGCAUAACUUUUUCUUGCUUUACGGCAUCUCUGCUUCUUUGUGUCCUGCGAACUUCGUUAUGGCAUACAUCACUAGUAGCAAGCAUCUGUUUCACACUUAAAUACUUGCUUGUAUUCACAACUUUUCUCUCAUCUCAAAUCUAGCACGAAUUUAUAAUCGCCC